UGGACCAAAGCGGAACGUACGGAGGCGAACGAUCCAUAUUAAAGACGAGCAAUAAACGAUAACUGAAACUGAUAAGCGACUAGCGAUUAUCGAUUAACGAUCAACGAUCAACGAUCAACGAUCAACGAUUACUGUGCUUCUGUUUGCCUGCAUUGAGUGUGUGUGCGUGUGUGUGUGCUUGUGUGAUUGAGUGAGUGUUUUCGAUUGGAUUUCAGCUGUCAGUCCGUCGACAUGGCCAACUUUCUGGCGCUGUGCCUGCGCCUCGGCCUGGUUCUGGUCCUGGCCGCCGCCGCCGCCGCCGCCGCCGGCGUGGCCGGGGCUGAGGUGAAGGCCGCCGACAAGGAAAUGACCCCGCUGAUCAUCGAGCAGUCCACGGAGUCGCCCAUUGCGGAUAUGGCGCUGAUUGAGGAUGCGCCCGUGGUGCCCAAGCAGCCCACCGAGAAGCCGCCCGUAGCCAAAGCCAAAGCCCAAGCCCAGCCAUCGGACGAGAAGUCCGCCCAGCCGCACACCGUCGCCGACUUCAUCAUCCAUCCCCUGAUCGCGUUCAAGCCGCGCCAGGCCACCGUCGAGGAGAUGCAGGCGCAGUCGCAGGGCAAGCAGGCGUCGUCCAGCUCGACUACGUCCAGCUCGCCAGCCACUUGGCUGUUCGGCAUGAAUCCGGGCCAGGGACUGGGCUCCUCCUUCUCGACGCUGGCCGGCUCCGUGUCCGGCUGGUUCAACGAUCGCCUGGCCGCUGCCGGCCAGCAGCUGCCCGCCCUGCCCGGGCUGCCCGCCCUGGUCGACACGCCCGUUCGCGACAGCGCCACCACAACCACCACCAGCACCACCCAGCGUCCCGACAUCGUCGUCCGCCUCCAGCAGCGCCCGAACAGAAGGCGCGGCAAUCCCAAUGGCAUCAAUAAUCCCAAUGGCAUCCGGAAUGGCAAUCGCAACGGGAAUCGCAACGGCAAUCGCCACGGCAAUCUGAAUGGCAAUCGCAUCCAGCGUCCCAAUCGCUUCAACAAUCACCUCGACUCGCUCGAGUCGCUGGAGGAGUACGAUGAUGUGGACUACUACGGCGGCAAUCGCUACGACGAUGAGUUCUACGAUGAUGACGAUCAGGAGCUGAACGAUCGGGUGCAGAACGACGACGAGGACCAGUCGCUGGAGCAAAACGACGACGACGAGGAUGAGGAGGAGGAGCAGCUGGAUCAGCAGUCCGCUGAGGAGCAGCCGCAAAAGCAAAAGCAAAAGCCCAAGCAACGCCGCCGACCCGCCCAGACGCCGGUGGUGCGACGCAAGCAGCAGCAGCAGCUACAGCAGCUACAGCAGCAGCAGCAGCAGCAGCAGCGCCAGCAGACGUCACAGAUCAGGCGUGGCCAGCCGCUGGCGUUGCUGGAGCAGGCCGACGACGAGGAGGAGGACGAUGCGGACGCGGAAGUGGAGCUGGAGGAUGACGAUGACAGCGACACCGAGGAGACCUUCGAGCCGGUCAUCUAUAACAAUCAGGCCUCGCGCCGUUCUCAGAGCCAGCCCGGCUUCAUUCAGAGCAGCCAACAGAAUCUGAUCAACCAGAUACGCAGAUUCACCUUCGGACAGACGCCCGCCGAGAUCGGCAGCAAGUUCCGGCAAUCGCAGGCCACCCAGAGCCGCCCAGCCUCCAGAGCCGGCGUCCGUCGCCCGCAGCAGGCGACGCUGCUGGUGAAUCGCAACGGCCAGACGGUCUAUGUGGCGCCCGAGCUGCUCGGCCUGAGCCCCAACUAUCCCGGCUAUGGCUACGUGGCCACGGCCAGCAAGGUGCAGAAGCAGCGCGUGCCCCUCAGCCCCUACCCGCAGCCGCCGCUCACCGUGCCGCUGCGCCGCAAGGGCCGCCCCACCCAGUACAUCACGAUACCCUGGAGCCAGCUGGGCCUCUCCGCGCCGGACCGCCAGUCGGUGGUCUCGCUGGCCGAGGGCCUCCAGGCCCAGCCCCUGAUCCUCAACAUACCCGAGAGCGCCAUCAGCAGCAUCACUGCCACUGGACAGCAGCAGCAGCAGCAGCAGAAGAAGCGCMGGCGUCCGACCUUGACAGCAGCUGCAGUGCCUCUGCUGGCCGACGCCUCGCUCAUGGACAUCUUCCAGCCGCCGCAGAUUCCGCCCUCGCGCACCGGCUCCACCCCCGCCUCGAGCGGCAAGCCCAAGCCCAAGCCCAAGCCGGUGCUGAUCACCGCCAAGCCGGCUCAGGCUGGCGCCGGAAACGGCCUGCUGCCCACGCGCAUUCGCCCGGGCACGAUUGUGGAGAAGGCGCCCGCCAUGGACAACGGCGAGAAGACAACCCCGGCCCAAGCGUCCUCGGACGCGCCGAAGGAGCAGCCCGAGAAGCCAAUGGCCGAGGCGAUGCCCGUAGCCGCCGCCGAGAUGCCAAUGGCCAAUGCUGGCCCAGCCCCAGCCGAGCAGGAGUUCAUCAUUGUGGGCGACGAUGACGAGCCCGGCGUCUCGCGCCACGUGCAGCCGGUGUUUGGUGACGCGCGCUUCGUCUCCUACGGCGACUUCCAGCCGUACUUCGAUCUGGUGCAUCAGAAUCGACGCUUUGCGCUGCGCAAGGCGCGCCGUGCCCUGGACAUGGAGCUGGACUCGGAGCCGGAGUUGGAGCCGGAGCCGGAGUUGGAGCCGGAGUCGGAGCCGAGCACCUAA